AUGGAGAGAUAUUUCAAAAGGAAGCCGGAAUCCGAUUUAUCGACGCCACCGAAAAAGGAUUCCAAGAAAACAUGUGCUGAACUCAAUUCGGAAGACCUUCCUGCUGCUGCUGAUCCGGUAUUACUAGUUCCCGAACAAAGAAAAGAGCCGUUUAAUCCUGCAGAUCUUCCUACUGAUCCCGCUCUAAGAAUUCCAAUUUCAGAAUAUGAUCCUGAUAUUCGAGAUCAAGUUAGAAGAGCUUAUUUGAAAAAGGGUCCUUGUCAGCCUCUAGGAGGUGGCGAUGUCUUUGUUGAUGAAGGGUUUUCUAAUUGGAAAAAGAAAGAAAGGUUGCAGAAGCAUGUUGGAGGCGAAAAUAGUGCUCACAAUCAAGCUUGGAGCGAUUGUGAAGCUUUGUUAGAUGAAUACCGACCAAUUUUGGAUGAUGUGUCUCUUGAUACGCUGCGUUUGCUACUUCGUCAAGGGCUUCCGAUUCAUGGUCAGCUUGAGAAUGAAGGUAAUGAUGGAAAUUUCCUUGAAUUGUUACAGUUACUUUAUAACAGUCACGAAGAUGCAAAACCAGUCAGAUUGGAAACUGCUCUCGAGAAUUCAAAAUCGAUAACCGCUGAUGUUCAGAAGGACAUCGUAAGUGUUAUUUCAGAUGAAAUUGUCCGUAGAAUUACUAGAGAUAUUGGUGACAGACUGUUUUCCAUUCUUCUGGAUGACCGUAACAUACAUUCAGAGGAUAAGAUAAACGUUGUAUUUCGUUAUGUGGAUAAGGAUUACUGCUUCAUUUCUCAAGACUUCUGUGGAUAA